UACCUCCAAAUGUCAUCUAGCUGAGUAAAUUCUUUUCGUUCUGAAGUUUUUAAACGAAAGUUGUUUUUUCUUGUGCUGUACACGUUUCGUGUCAAUAACAAAGGCUUAAAAAAUGCGUUACGUGGCUGCAUAUAUGUUGGCUGUUCUCGGCGGUUUGGAAAACCCCAAAAAUGCUGAUAUUGAAAAGAUCCUCAGCUCUGUUGGUAUUGAAGCUGACAACGAACGCUUGACCAAAGUAGUUAAGGAAUUGAACGGCAAGUCUGUCGAAGAAUUGAUCGCCUCUGGCCGCGAGAAAUUGUCUUCCAUGCCUGUUGGUGGUGGUGCCGCCGCUGCUCCUGCUGCUGCUGGUGGUGCUGAUGCCGGUGGUAAGAAAGAGGAAGCCAAGAAGGAAGAAAAGAAGGUCGAAUCCGAAUCUGAAGAAGAUGACGAUAUGGGCUUUGCUCUUUUCGAUUAAAUUCACUUGGGAAUAGUCAUAACACAAGUUCAAAACAACAGUAACAGCAAGGCAACAACAACAACUAUGGUCAUUAGCGUGAAAAAACUUGUCGAGCUUUUUUAACCAAAAACAUUUCCUCAGUCGUAGCAGCCAUCAUUAUACAGCCGGUUUAUAGAAAAAAUAAUCAGGGACUUUCUUAUAAAACCCCACAGGUUUUAUAAGAAUUUUCUUUUUUGACAAAAUUAUUUGACAUUAAACCAGUACAAAAAAGAUUGAGGUUUUUAUUUCUAUGAAAUAAAACUUUUACAAGUUUUUACACGUUAAAGAAAAAAUGCAAAUGCAAA